AGCUAUGUUGGCUCAAGCCAGUUUGGCUCAAGCAAUUUUUUUUCUCAAGGUUCGGGCUUGCCUCGGGCAGUCUCGCCUCCGGCGCCCUGCUCGGGCUUGCCGGGGGGAAAUUCAUGGGCCGCUUCGCGCCGGAUAAUUUCGUGGACUCCGGGCAGCGCGACUUUGUGGUGUUCGUGGUCAGCGCCUGCGGCCUCUCCGCCUGCUGCCUCGUGGUGCUCGUCUGCCUGCUGCGGGGCCUGCCCCGCUGUCGGGGCGUCCCCUGGGCGGCGCAGGCGUCGGGCGGCCUGUGCGGCUGGCGGCCGUGUGAGGACGGUGCCUUCGAGGCCUCGCUGCGCGAGGAGGUGGAGCGUCGGCGGCUGGCGCGCGCUUUGCGGAUGAUCCCCUGGGCAAUGCUACUGGUCAUCGUAAAUUUUUUCGUCACCACGGUCCCCAGUGGGCUGCACAACGGAUCUGUGAGCAGGUUCGGAUCCACGAUUCAGGACAUCGUUCUCUCCCUCAUGAGCGGCAUGAUAUCCGUCAUGUGGGCAUCGCAGUGGGCGCGCGUCUCCAUUGUGACAGCCAGGUCUUUAGAUUAUUGGUACUAUGCCUUCAUGGUCUGCAUUGUGGCUUACAUGUCACCGUAUGCGAUCAGGGCAGAUCUGGUAGCCUAUCGCAUGAACAUGUCCUACGGCUCUGCCCUUCUCUGUUGUCUCUUUAAUCUGAAACCGUUGGUGAACAUCCCCUGUUUGCUUCUGCUAGGCGCCAUGUCAAGCUACACGCUGAUGUUCGGGCAGAACGCCGAGAAAAUGCAGGAGUACAGCUCUCAGGACGUCUUGAGCGACGGAAUUCAGAACGUGAUGCUCAUGGUGGUCAUACUCCUCGUGAUCAGCCACCUCCUGACCUACAUCGUUCGCCUGGAGUUCGACGCCAAGGUCUCCCGCAACGAGCUGGUGGUGGCCAACUCGGUGCUCCGCAGCGUGUGUGAGGUGGUGGUCGAUCUCGACGAGAAGUUCAGACUGCAGAAGCACUCGGGGGAGCUAGCUGACAUGCUAUUCCUGAAUCCUCAACGCAGCCUCAACCAAGAGGACUUUCGCUCGUUCCUGGCGUCCGAGCCCGACCGCAUCAAGUUCACGGAGCAGAUGGGGCAAAUGAUGGUACAAGCGUCUUGCCCGGAGAUCAUCCCGGACCGAAGCAGGACCUUCCAGGUGUCGAUGAAGGACAGCACGGGCAUCUCCGUGAACGUGGACGUGGUUGCCGUGUCCUACCUCAGCGGGGACAGGCUUCCGGCGUUCAUGGUGGGCGUCCUGGAGGUGAGCGACUCGACGCCUUUGCCCAGCCUGAUGGGCCCGACGGAGAAGGAGGCCACCUCUCGGCGCAGGCCGCGUCGCCGGCCAAAGCAGGACCUGCAGGGGGAACCGCCCAGGCCGCCCCUCGGCCCGCCGGAGGAGGCUGGCGGCAGCAGCGGCAGCAGCAGCGGCAGCGAUUUGGGCGCAGUGGACGUGGAGCAGCCCCUGGACCUGGAUUGCGGUCGCAGUCGCUCUGGCUCGGCUUGGUCUGGGACUGCAGACUUCGAGGGGGAGGCCCCUGCCGUCGUGCUCGAGGUGCUCUCGCACAGCUUCACCAUGCUGGCCUUCACCGACAGCUUCCAGCACAGCUUCGGCCCCUGCAGCGUGGGCGAGCCCUUCCUGACGUGGGUGAAGCUGAACCACCGCGAGCAGUUCGUGGCCUGGCUCCAGGAGGCGUGGCUGGCGCUCCGGGCCCGCAGCGCGGAGGGCGAGGCCUCCGUGGAGCUCUACCCGCGCGCCCUCCACUUCAUGCCCGCCCGCCUGCGCCAGCACCGCCUCGGCUUCUCGGCCACGGUCUUCCUGGGCCUGGCCCCCGCCCCGGCCGCGCCCGAGCGGGACAUGGGCGCCGUGCGCAUCACCCUCAGUAACGUCCGGCGCCUCACGGCCGGCAGGAGCGGCCGCGGCGGCCCCCGCGGCGGCAGCCGGCUCGGCCGCAGGCCGGACGGAGGGCCGCACCCUGGCGGGGCCGGGGCCGCCGAGGGUGAGCUCGAGGCCGAGGACAAGGUCUUCACGCUGUGAGCCCUGUCGCGGCAGGCUCGCAGCUCCCGGCCUCCCGGAGCACCUCCCGAGCCCCACGAUCGUCAAAGGAGCGGAGUGGGGCGAGGGGCUGGCCCAGGGGAGACCGCGGUGUGUAUCCAGGGCCCGUCUGCCUCGGGACCCAUCGGGCCCAGCUCGUGGGACAAUGCCACGGGGACCGCAGGGGUCCGUCACGCUGCCUUCUAAUUAGCUACGACGCCGUCCGUCGAGACGGCUGCCCGUUCUUGUGCCUCGCCUCGGAGCUUCGGUCUCUUUGCAGGCUCGUUUUCGGCCACCACGGGGCCCAAACUAGAAUGUGCGUGCGCCGGGUGGCAGCGCUGCCGAGUGUCUCGCCAGGGUCAGGGGCUGCGGCCUGCAAGCCGGAGGCAUUUAUAUACGUUGUUAUAUUCAUUGGGCAACCUCGGAAGGUUGUUUCUUACGGUCGCCCAGGUGGCGAGGAUAGUUGUCCGUUUUCCUCCUCGUUGCGAGGACAUUGCGCCAUUGCGAAUUUUGCCGCCCCGGUGUCUACGAUGCGCCCGGGUUUGCGCGGCAAAGUUUUGUUCCGGUUAGGUGCCCUCCUGUGUAGUAGUAGUGUUUUGCUCAUAGAUAUCAUCGUGCUGAUUUGGACCUUCAAGGCUGUGUGGCGUCUUCGGAUAGUAGGCCCGGUGUUGCCCCCACACUGCUGCUGUAUUCGUCUUCCACCUCCCCAGAGCACCAGAGAAUCGCUCAAACCAGCAGGAUAGGAGCACACACACACAUACAUUCCCCCAAGUCCUUGGCGGGUAGCCGACGCUCAUAACGAGCUUCUGCGUUGUCUUUUGCCAGACGGGGCCCGCGGCCCACGCGCCACGGAAGAGUAUUUCUAGAGGCCCCGUGCAGUCCCGCACGGGCCCUGCAGCCGUUGCCUUCAGAUCUGGCAGGUCUUCCCCCCGCUGCUGAGAGCCUCGCUGCAGAAGUAUGGCCCUGGACGCCUGGAAGCCGAAACCUUGCAGCCGUUGCCUCCAGACCGGGCAGCCUUGCGCCCUGCCGCGGAGAGCCGCACUGCAUAGUUGGCGUCGCGCCCGUGGCGCCCGUCGCGCGGGUCGUGCUGGUCGCGCUGAUCGCGCCAGUCACGCUUGUCACUCCAGUCACCAGGGUCGCCCUCGUCACGCCGAUCGCGUGACGGGGUCCGGGUGUGAUCGCACGCCCGAGAG